UUAGAACUUGUAGAAAUUAUUAUAAAUAUAGAUAUUGAAAGUUUUUAUUCAAUUCUUAUCAACAAUCCAAAUAUCGUUGCAAUAAGAAAUCGUUAUAAACGUACACUAUUGAUGGAAGCUGCAAGUUACAACAAACCAUCAAUAGUAAAAGAUUUGAUUGAUGCUGGUAGUGAUGUGUAUGCUGUGGAUGAAGAUAAAUGGAAUGCAUAUCACUACAGUGCACGCUAUGGUCAUUAUGAUGUUUUAAAAAUUCUAAUCAAUCAUGACGUCACAAGUAUCAACAAUGUAGACGAUGACAGUAACACGCCAUUGCAUUACGCAGCUCGUCAUGAUCAUGCUGAAUGUGUGAAAUUACUGUUAUCAAUGCCAGGUAUUGAUGUGAACAUACGAAACAGUGAAAAUGCGACAGCUUUUGAUCUGGAUAAUACUAUCUCUAUUAAUCGUUUAUUUGAGGAACAUCACUUUAGUCAGUAUUUUAGUAAAUUAUUGUGAGGAACUAUUUUUACU